AUGAGCUUAAAUCAAGAUAAGGUACACACCCCGACAGACUGCGGUCUGGAAGGUGGGGACUCGGAUUUUGAGGCCUCGCCGCUUGAUGAGUUCAUGAGAACUCGGACGGAGCUGAGCGGCCCGUCGACUGAAUGUCAUCCUGGGUGGAACGCUGCCCCCGCUUCGGCAGAGGACACCGUGUCGCCCCCGGUAACCGACGACGGCUCAGGCCGUCUUACGUAUUGGAAAAGGAAAAGACGAAGGAAAGCGGGGACCACUCGGACCCCGGACGAAAUAGGUAGGAGAGAAGUUCGGACAGCAGAGUACGAAACUAGCCUCGGAGCACAAGCUCAUAAUGAGACAAGCUCUCGCCAAGGAACGGCAGUGUCGCACGGCAGAACGGCCGAUACCGACUCCUGCAGACUUGAAAUAACCGACGAUGAGUCUCAGACGACAAUUUAA